GUUUCAGGAUCGCUGUAUCUUUUUCUUUGUAUAUAGAUCUAAUGUAUAUCAGUUAUUUGUUACUUGCUCUUUCAGUUUGUCGGAAGAGACGAUCUUUAACAGCAUAGCACCUUACUUUCACUUUAUCAGUAUCCGAGGUCAUCAUUUUUUUCUCCUGCCAUACAGUUUUGAUAGAUGUGUUUUACGUUGCUUUGUGGGGGAUAUACAUUCAUCUGACUUUAGACAUAAAACAGAUGGAAGAAGCGUUACACGAGAGCUGCUGUUACUCUGACGGAGCGUCGAAACUAAACGACGCUGCGGUCGCAGAUUUACUGGAGUUUCUGCGCAUCGAUGUGGAGCUCGAGCCCGCGAGCGCUGACAGAGAGGAAACCUCGUGCUCUAAAAAUGUCACACGCAAACAGCGUAACUGGGAGAGAAGACUGGAGGUAAAAAGGAGAAAAAGAAAAGAGGAGAAACAAAGAAAGAAGCUCAACAGACUAAAUAAAGAUGUGAAUGAGCUGCAGCUCAGUAAACGUGUGAUUAAAGCCGUUACCAAAGAGAGACUGGAGGAGGCCAGAGCAGCAGGACUGCGUCUGUGUGUCGACCUCAGCAUGACCGACCGCCUGACAGACAAAGAAAUCAGUCGUCUUGCAGGUCAGAUCAGGCGCCUCUACGGAUCCAAUAAGAAAUCCUUCCAGCCGUUCCACAUUUUCCUGACAGAAUUCAGAGAGGACAGUCUGCUGUAUAAGGAGUGCGUUCGGAUGAACGACGGCUUCCUGAAUUAUCUGAUUGAUGUGACGGAGGAGAGCUGGUUUCAUCUGUUUCCCUCUGAAGAUGUGAUAUAUUUAACCCCCGACGCAAGUGAAGCGUUGGAAUAUGUGGAGGAAGAUAAAGUUUAUAUCCUCGGAGGUUUAGUGGAUGAAACCAUACAGAAGAAAAUAAGCUUCACGAGGGCGAAAGAGUUUGGCAUUCGCAUGGCGCGGCUGCCGAUUGACGAGUACAUGGUGAAGAAACCAAACCCCAAAAACUUCCACUCCAAAAUCCUAGCCAUCAACCAAGUGUUUGAAAUCCUACUGACAUUUCGGGACACCAAAGAUUGGACUAAAGCUCUCGUCGCUGGGAUUCCUCCUGGAAAAGGUUACAUGUUGGCCUCGGCAGCAUCUACAGACGUGAUAAACCCUCAGGAAGAGCUGUAGACAGAGCAAUAUACAGUGGCAGUGUUAUAAAAUCAUCUAUAUUAGAUAACUUAAUGUCUGACUGAAGUCACUUGAAUCACUAAGAUUCAAAAUACUUGACUGCAUCUUUUGUAUCUUGUUUUAUUUAUGUUAAAAUGCUCUCAAGGAUGGUUUCUGCGCAGUCAAAAACUGAACUGAUGGAUAUUUUGUCUGCAUUAAAGCCACUGGAUCA